UUUUCAAACUCGUCUUUAGUUUGUGGCUUAAGUUGACGUUUCUUUAUCGUUAUCAGUAAUCCGGUAAAUGUUGAUUGAAAAUUGUUAAAAGGACGUCGUUAGAAGCGUCGAAACUGAAACUCAAUGUUCCUGUAAACGCAAGUUGUGCUACAUCUAAAAAAGAGAUGAACAAGAUGGCGUCACGCCUAACGGCGCUGCGCGCGCUGAUGACGUCACAGCCGACUGCGCUCGCCGCCUACGUCAUCCCCACUGCCGACGCGCAUAAUUCGGAAUACAUCGCCCCAGUAGACGCGCGAAGGGAAUGGAUAUCGGGGUUCACAGGGUCAGCUGGUACGGCAGUAGUCACGGCAACCGUCGCACUGGUGUGGACAGACGGUCGCUACUACACGCAGUUCGAGAAGGAGGCCGACCUCGCGCUGUGGACGCUUAUGAAGCAGUCUCUCCCCGACACUCCGUCGUUGGAGAAAUGGUUGUCGAGCAACCUGGCAGAGGGCGCCGUGGUGGGCGUCGACCCUCACACCAUGAACCGCGAGGAGUGGACGCCGCUUGAGUCGGCGCUCAACAAAGCCAACAUGAAGCUGGUGGCAGUGGCCAGCAACCUGGUGGACGAGGUCCGCGCCCAGCUGUGUGACCCGCCGCCCGCCCGGCCGCACCACGACAUCAUGCCGCUACCUGUGAAAUAUACUGGCAAGAAAGCGGGAGAGAAGAUAAACGAGUUGAGACAGAGGAUGUCUGAGAAGAAAGCAGCCGCGCUGGUGAUCACCGCGCUCGACGAGGUUGCCUACACACUGAACCUCCGCGGCUCAGACAUCGACUACAACCCUGUGUUCUUCUCCUAUCUCCUGCUGACUCCCACUGCUGUUAAACUCUUCUGGGGGGAGGGCAAACUGCCUCCGUCUGUAAAGAAGCAUUUAGAGGAAGAGGGUGUGGAGGGCAUAGAGUGUCUGCCUUACAGCGAGGUGGAGGGGAAUCUCGUUACCAUGGCGAAGGAGCUAUCGGAGCGUGGUGACGGCAAGCACUCGGUGUGGUUGCCCGUGGACGCUAGCGAGGCCAUCCACCGCGCCGCCGCCGGGCUGGGGCACGUGAAGAAGCCUCUGACCCUCAUCUCGGAGGUGUCUCCGGUGGCCCUCGCCAAGAUGAUCAAGAACGACGUCGAGCUGGAGGGCUUCCGUCAGUGCCACGUCCGCGACGGCACCGCAGUGGUGCGCUUCCUCCGCUGGCUGCACCAGCAGGUGGACCAGGGCGCCUCCGUCACUGAGAUACAGGCCGCUGAUAAACUGCUGGAGUUCCGCAAAGACGAAACGGACUUCAUGGGGCCUUCAUUCGAGACCAUCGCCGGCGCGGGGGAGAACGGGGCCAUAAUCCACUACAGCCCCGCCCGCGAGGGGCCUCAGCGCGUCAUACAGAGCAAGGAUAUGUUCUUACUCGACUCUGGCGGACAGUACAAAGACGGCACGACGGACAUCACACGCACGCGGCACAUGUCGUUGGCCACGCCGCAGCAACGCGCCGCCUUCACGCGCGUGCUCAAGGGACAGAUCCGGCUCGGCAGCGCGCUCUUCCCGCAGGGGGUCAAGGGUAAUGUACUGGACAGCUUCGCGCGCUCAUCCCUGUGGGAUGUAGGCCUGGACUACGCUCACGGCACCGGCCACGGUGUGGGGCACUGCCUCAACGUACACGAGGGCCCCGCCGGCGUGUCCUGGCGGCCCUACCCGCACGACCCCGGUCUCAAAGACAAGCAGAUACUUAGCAACGAGCCGGGCUACUACAAGGUGGGCGAGUACGGCAUCAGGCACGAGGACCUGGUGGAGACGAUCCUCGUCACCAAGGACUCCGACCAUCCUAAAGCGGCGGGCCUGGUGGGCGACUACGAGGGUCGCGGCGUGCUGGGGUUCCACACCAUCACCGUGGUGCCGCACCAGGCGCACAGCGUCGACGUCACGCUGCUCGACGACUUCGAGCUGUCUUACCUGAACGCGUAUCACGCGCGCGUCCUGGCGACCGUGGGCCCCACGCUCAGGGCUCGAGGACUUGAAGAGGAUUACGAGUGGCUGCGGGCGGAGUGCCAGCCUCUACGCAGGGAGUGAGAUUAACAACAACAAAAUCCAGUCAAUCAACGCUUUGCAGUGAAUAAUUACGUGAUAUUUAUAUUUUUGUAUUAUGCCUUAUGCGUUAUAGCUUGGUGCGCAGGACAGCUGACGGAAUAGGGUGUUGACUGGAUCGAAGAUAAAUAGGCUACUCGACCUAGUCAAAUG